AUGCCAGAAUGGUACCGACGUGAAUCGAACCAGUGGAUUCUCCAUGGCUAUCGGCCCAUCUCGGCUCGGCUCGCGCUUCGUUCUACAGUUGGUCUUAUAUCCACAACGAGUCGGUCAACAUCUAUUCCCACCUCAUCCCGGCCGUUUUCUUCCUACUCGGCGAGUGGUAUAUCCAGCGGUACCUUACCAGUAGAUACUCCGGGGUCACUGGCGCUGAUUUCGUUGCUUUCUCCAUCUUCAUGUUGGCGGCCGUUACGUGCCUGUCUUUGUCGGCGACGUACCACACCUUGA